CACAAGACGCGGAUUGACGAAGACACAUUCUUCUUCCACUGCAUACCUUCAAUCGACAACCCGCCCGCCAUGGACAAGUACGAGAAGCUUGAGAAAGUCGGGGAAGGCACCUACGGCAAGGUGUACAAGGCCAAAGAGAAGGCCACUGGUCAAGUGGUCGCUCUGAAGAAGACGCGCCUCGAGAUGGACGAGGAAGGGGUGCCUCCCACUGCGCUGCGCGAGGUUUCGCUCCUCCAGAUGCUGUCUCAGUCCCUCUACGUCGUUCGUCUUCUGAACGUCGAGCACGUCGAUAACAAGAGCGGCAAGCCCCUUCUCUACCUUGUUUUCGAGUAUCUUGACACUGACCUAAAGAAGUUCAUCGAUUCCCACCGCAAAGGUCCAAACCCUAGGCCUCUCCCACCGCAGCUGAUUCAGAGUUUCCUCUAUCAGCUCUGCAAGGGCGUCGCCCACUGCCACAGUCACGGUGUUCUUCACCGCGAUCUCAAGCCUCAGAACCUGCUUCUUGACAAGGAUAAAGGUAUCCUCAAAAUCGCCGAUCUUGGCCUUGGCAGAGCUUUCACUGUCCCCCUCAAGAGCUACACGCACGAGAUCGUCACUCUCUGGUACAGAGCCCCUGAAGUUCUUCUCGGAUCCAGUCAUUACUCCACCGCCGUGGACAUGUGGUCCGUUGGCUGCAUUUUUGCUGAGAUGGUGAGGAAGCAGGCCUUGUUUCCUGGAGAUUCUGAGUUCCAGCAAUUGCUCCAUAUAUUUAGGUUGAUGGGAACACCAACUGAGAAACAGUGGCCGGGAGUUAGUUCAUUGCGGGAUUGGCAUCAGUAUCCCCAAUGGGAGCCUCAGAACUUGGCACGUGCUGUUCCAUUACUUGGAUCUGAUGGCAUCGACCUUUUAUCGAAGAUGCUGAAAUAUGAUCCUGCACACCGAAUUUCAGCAAAAGCUGCUCUAGAUCAUCCAUACUUUGAUAGCCUAGAUAAGUCCCAAUUCUGAUGUUUUUGUUCUUGGAGUGUGGAUGCUGUCAUUUGGCUUCUGUGAUAACGUGCUGCUGCUGUUGGAAUGGAAGCAUGUCAUCAUCUUGGUGAUUGAAUUUGUUGAUUCCUGUGCUUUCUUGCUAUCUCCCUCCCUGCAUUGGAUGAGAAAUCUUAAACUUUAUUGCCACCCUAAAAUUGCCGGGGGGCCAAUCAUCACAGUUAUGUGAGAUUUUGGUGUACCUGUGGUUGAUGGCUCCCAAAGCAAAAGUAAUAUCAAACUUUUUUCAGGAACCUUGGGUACCUUGUUUAGAAUAUAUAUAUAUAUAUAUAUGUGUGUGUGUGUGAUUUAUUGAAGACCACUGGAUCUAGAAUACAUAAAUACAGAAGAAUUAAGAUGUCACAAUAGU